GCCACGCCCCCCCCGGAGCUCGGGCCGCGGCCGCUGCUUUCUGGGAGGUGGCGCCACUGUUCGCAGCCAUGGGCCAGUGCUUGGAGUUGUCGGCGGCCGUGUGCCGAAUCGGCGUCUACUCGUGUUUUCGAACCUUGUGCUGCAAAGGACCACCUUCACCACGAACAGAAUAUGAUGUUGUUUGCGUUGGUCUUACGGGAUCUGGCAAGUCAAGUUUGCUUACACAGCUCUGUAGUGAAAGUACUGACAGUAUUAUACCCACAACAGGUUUUAGAAUUAAAGCUGUCCCAUUCCAGAAUGCAAUCCUCAAUGUGAAAGAACUAGGAGGAGCAGAUAAUAUACGAAAAUACUGGAGUCGAUACUAUCAAGGAUCUCAAGGAGUUGUAUUUGUUCUAGACAGCGCAUCUUCUGAAGAUGAUCUAGAGACGGCAAGAAAUGAGCUACAUUCGGCUCUUCAACAUCCACAACUAUGCACUUUGCCAUUUUUAAUAUUAGCCAAUCAUCAAGACAAACCGGCAGCUCGUUCUUUACAAGAGAUUAAGAAAUACUUUGAACUGGAACCACUUGCAAGAGGGCAACGAUGGAUCCUUCAGCCUUGCUCUGUAGAAAACAUGGAUGCUGUAAAAGAAGGUUUCAAUCAGUUUAUUAACUUGCUUGAAGAGAUUGAUUAAGAGCACACUCCAGGAAGAUUAUGAAAAAUGCACUGACCGCCAUUUGAAAAUUGGAAUGGAACCUUUCUCUGAAUCUUACUGUACUGUAAAAUUUAAUAGAAUAACUUUACUGUAUGUUCAUUUGAAAUGUUUUAUAUGAUCCACUUCCUGAAUAUCAUCAUUGUUAAAUCAGAUUUUAAACAGAACUAAAAUAUCCCAAAUGAACUGCAAUACAAAUUACUUUAAGAUGGAAUCACCAACAGUACUGGACUUGUUUACUUCCUGUUUUCUACUACUACCAUUUUAUUGUAGUUGCAUGAUAUUUUGGUAUGUGAUUAUUUGUACUACUUUAGUGAUUAGAAAUUUGAACACGAUCAGUGAUAGCAGUUCAGAAGAGCUAAGCACUGUUGGCAUUGGUUUGCAUUGAUCUGUGAAUAUGGCACUUUGCUUCUAAUUAUUUCUGUAUAUUGUUAGCAUUCACACAAUGUGAAGUGACUGAACAGUAUGCAUUGUGAAUGUGCACUUGUAAUUCUUUCUGAAAGUGUGGAAUAUCUCAGCAUUUUAAUAUUCUGUUCAUCUUUAUUGAUAAGUAUUGAUGCUGUGAGAUGUUAACUGCUAUCAGGCUUUUGAAAUUGUGCCAGGCAGGUUCAGAAAUUCUAUAUAAAACUGGGAAACAAACUAAUGCAAUUUGCAGAAAUAUUUUCUUUACAUUGCUCUGCACAUUCUGUGCUGUUCUUGAAAAAGAAUGGAUUUGAUAACACAGCAUUGUUAGACAAAUCCAUUGACAGAAUACCAAGCAACUGUUUGAAUUGAAUUAAGGAUGUUUUUGACAAAAAUUUUGGACUCAGAUCUUUUGUUUGUUUACUACAGAUCAAAAUUAUUUGUUUUGUGAUACCAUGAGGAAUAUAAAAUCCAAUGUUUUAGCUAAAAAACCAAUAGUACCAAUUUUGUCUUAAUUUCAAAAUUAUUUAAGAUAUUAUAAUCAUCCAAGACUUUAGCUUUAAAACAUUUUCAGUAUUGACGACACUGUAGUAGAUGUUGCUCGAACCAUCUGUCAAAUGACCCUUUUUGUGUGUAUGUGUGUGUGUUUAAUGUAUGUGUGCACCAGCCUUGCACUUCUUCUCAAACCUGAGAGUGUCUGCAACUCAUCAGUAAGCUGAAUGAAAACAUAAUCAAUCAAUACUCACCAGCAGCUGUUCCUGACAAGCCUCUGUCUGACGCCUAAUGCCUUCCAACUGUCGGCAUGAUUCCCUCCCUGUCUACUACCACCAUACUCUGUCCAACCAUUCACAUUUGCAUUCUCUUUUUGCUUCCAGUUUAAGAAUUUGAGAUUGUGUUCUUAGAUUCUUCUGCUGAAAUUUGUAUUUUCUUAUCUCCUUUCCAGUGUUUAAUGGUCAUAUACAGUAUCUUGUUGAGCAUAUUAUAAAGCUGGUCAAUUUCUGUGGUAUGUGUGUUUCUAUUUUAUAGUAGCUUUUCUGUAAUUCAUUGUAUUUAUAGAAACUUUGGUAUUUUUUUAUACAUCAGUACACUGCAAUUUUUUUUUAAUGAGUAAAAUCAUUCAUAUUACUAAAACUUUUUACCUUUUAUUAUUGACAAUAUGUAUUGCUAGUUCAACUAGCACAUAAUCUUUGUACCAAAUAUACAGCUACUAUAUUUAGUCAGUAACUGAACAGUAUAGCCAAAUAAAUGGGAGGUUAUUCUCUAAAAUACAUUAUUCAUCAAUAACAAUAAAGGUUACUGCUGAAUGGAAUUGCCUGGUUUCAAUUAAUUUCCAAGAAAAGGACGGUGUUUAACUUUCCAAAUCAGUAGUAAAUGUGCAACAUGAAUCAUUAGUAUUUCCAUUACAAUGUUUCUUUCUAUAUGAGGUGAUUUUCAUGGAUUAAAAUGAUAUCUAAGUAGCAAAAAGAGUUGCUUGAUAAUGAAAUAGUUUUGCUUUGUUGUCCAUUGACAACUAGGCUUUUAUUUAACUGAAAAUAAUUUUCAAUUUUAUUAAGUAUUUGCAACAUGCAAAAUUCUUCUUAAAAUGGAACAGAAAAUAACAUAGAGGUCAGUUUCCUGUUUGAAUGUGCUAGUUACAGCAAUACUUUGUUAAAAGCAGAUCCUUGUCUUGGACUUUAUCACACUAAUUUCCCAGGUUAUGGUUAAAUGAAAAAUAAGGUCCAAGAUCUAUCCAUAUGUGCUGUCUUUCACACAUCAUAACCAUCGAGUGCAAAUUGAUAGUGCCAUGUGAACAAUUUGACUGUCUGCCAUCUUGAUCAUUGAAACAUGUGAAAGAGAUCCCAGAAUGCAUUUUAAUACAAUAUCAUCAUGUUCAUGAUUUCCAUUGUAUCACUGUCGAAAAAUUGAGAUAAAGGGAGAAAGGAAAAAUAAAAAUUACCAAAGUACAUGUACAUAAUAACUAGUAGCAUAAGGCCAAAAUUGGUGGGAAUAGUUUUCAUGUCCACCCUGUCUGCUAGAAAGGGUUUUCUACUCAUUUUUGACCUUAAAUAUCUGAGACAUACUUGAAGGGGAAAAAUGUAAUGCUUAUUACACUUGAAUUUGAUGUAAAUUUCAGAUGCUGUAAAUGGAUUUCCAGGAUUUUGUGUUUCAUUUGAGAGUUUUAAAAACAAAUGGCAAAUUAUGUUUAAAAGUAAUGAAUAUUUUAGAUGAUCUACUAACCUCAGCUACUAUGGAAAAUAUACACCCUUUGAAAAUACAAGCUAUUCCGUAGUGCUGAAUGUUAGCGGGUGCCUUUGAAUGAAAAUCAAAGAAAUUCAGGAUGCAAUUCAGAAAAAAAAUCAGAAAAUGCUCAAACAAUCAGCAAGUUAGUAGCAUGUGUAGAAAGAGUCGCAGUUAAUGUUUCAAAUCCUGGAGUAUUAUCAGAGCUGGCAAAGAAAAUCACAAGGUGGAUCAAGUAGAAGAGAAGGUGGAGGAGGUUAGGGUGGAGCAGAGGCAAUUUUCUAACAUGAGACCAUUGACCUAAUGUUGGAGGAAUGGCAAGUCAGACAGUUCUGUGGAGAGGAAUAGUCGAUGUUUUGAGCUGAGACCCUUCAUUGCAACUAGAAAAGAAAGGGACAGAAGCCAGAAUAAUGUGGGGCAGCGGGUUGUGGAGUGGGAGUUGCUGGCAGCAGAUAGGUGAGGGAGAAGUUGGGGUGGGAAGCUUGGUAGGUGAUAGAUAUAAGUGGUAAAAGACUGAAGAAAAUGGAGUAUAACAGGAGAUUUCAGUAGAGCAUAGAAGAAGGGCAAGGUGGAGGGGAACCAGACAGAAGUGAUAGACAGGGGAGAAGAGGAGUAAGAGGGUAACUAGAAUGGGGAAUGGAAAAAGAGAAUGAGGAAGGAGGAGAAAUUACAGUACUGGAAGUUAGAGAAAUUGAUUCAUACCAUUGUGUUGGAGGUUACCGAGAUCUAAGGGCAGGCAGUGUUUCUCCAACCUGAGUUUGGCCUUAUGGCAGUAAAGGAGGCAACAGAACAGAUGUGUCAGAAUAGGAAUGUGAAGUUGAAUUUAAAUGUAUAGCGAAUGGAAGAUCCUGCUUUUUGCAGCAGGCAGUGUGAAGGUCAAUGAAGCAGCCCCCUUUCUACAACACGCACAAAAUGCUGGUGGAACAAUUCAUUGUGUUCCACCAGCAUUUUGUGUAUGAUGCUUGAAUUUCCAGCAUCUGCAGAUUUGCUCAUGUUAGCCCCCUUUCGACGCCAGGUCUCGCCAAGGUAGAAGAGGCUGCCUGGAUACAAUAGAUGACCCCAACAGACUUGCAAGCGACGUGUUACCUCACCUGGAAAGAUUGUUUGAGUCCAUGGAUGAUGGUGAGGAAGGAAGUGUAAGUGCAGUGACCUAAUAUAGCAGUUAAGGGCAGUUAGGAUCAGAUUAAGCUGCUUUGUCUGUGUAACUUGCUGCUGAUGUAUGUUCUGGGUAAUUCUGUACAGUCUGGUUGACUUGGAUAUAUACAGUAGGCCAGACUAUCUUAAAAAAAAAACAAGGCUAUCUGGUGAAAUGACCAGUUCUACAAACAUUGAGAAUUAGCUGAAGUUAUAGAAUUUGAUACGGAGUCCUGUAGGUUGCAAUGCAUCCAGGUGGAAGAUGAGGUUUUCUUUGUCAGGCCUGUGUGGAAACUUAGUAGUACAGAAUCCCGCAGGCAGAGCCCAGGUUGGCUGUGAAAUGGUGAAUUAAAGUCACAGGCAACUGGGAGCACAGGCUCACUACUAUGAACUCCGCUUAGGUUCUCCGCAAAGUGAUCUCACAAUUUGCUUUUGAUUUUUCCAUAUAGAGGAAGCCCCAUUAUGAACACUGAUUGCAAUACAGUAGAUUGGAAGAAAUGCAAUUGAAUUACUGUUUCACCUGAAAAGAUUUUUUGACUGUGAACUUCUGGUUGUCUGCUGUUUUAACUGCCCCUUAACAGCUAUAUUAGGUCAUUGUGUUUCACCCAAAUACGACAUGUUCACUGUUGUCUAUUCAUCUCCUUCCUCCAUCCUCCCUACUGACUAAACUAACUUGUUCCUCUUUUCAGUGCCAGACACCUAAAACAUCAAUUGUUUUGCUUUCCACAAUGAUUAAAAGCAGCAAAUGCUUUGAAAAACUGCCUAACCCGCUGAGUAUUUUAAGCAUUUACUAUUUUUAUUUCAGAAUUUUAGAUCAGUUCAUUUUAAUUUUCAUUCUCAUUUUCAUUUCAGUUAACAUCUCAAGUGAAAGACCCUUUUGUAAGAAUUGACAAAGAAACAUGUUAUUUUAAGUUGCAUGGAGGAUGGGAGAGGGAUCGCCUAUUUUGAAUAGUUAACUAGUUGUGUCUUUGUUGAAUAGUUUGCUUUGAAUAAAUGCUGCUAUUGCCUUUCCAGAUGUAAAUGAAAAAGGUAAAUAUCUUUAUUCAAAAGAGUUGUCAUAUUAACUUCAUAGUAUUUGAAAUAUAGUGGAUUAUUGCUUAUCAAUGUGACAUUGUUGAUAAUUUGUGAUUAUACUUUUUAUAUAGCUCUAUUAAGGAAAUAUCUUUCCCCAAUGCCAACAUAGGAAUAUUGCAUUGAGGGUCUGCUUGAUAAAUGCCUGAUGUUUUACUUCUAUCCUAAUUUUUA